CGCCACCAUGAAGAAGCUCACGGGAACGUUUCGCAACACCCAAUGGGAUCCGUACCUGCUCAUCACACAGAUCGUUGCAAUGCAGGCGCUGCUGUACGUUAGCCUCGGGACAAUCAUGUACGUGAUGGAUUUUUUCGCCGAGGCUAACCACACGCUCGAUCACAUAUUCGAGUAUCACGAAAUACACGUAACCGAUCUCGGUGGACGAUUGGUUAUCGUUGCCUUCAUACUCAAUUCCCUAGUCGGUGCCGGGCUGCUGUGGUUCAUAGUACGCCGGACGAAGCUGUGUUUGGAUUUUAGCUUUACCUUUCACUUCACCCACCUGGUAAUAUGCUGGUGGUACAACGAGGCCUUCCCAUCGACGAUCGGCUGGUGGAUGCUGAACGCCGUCUGCACCGCACUAAUGUGCGUAUGCAGCGAAUUUCUCUGUCUAAAGACGGAACUGAAGGAAAUUCCCGUUGGAUACACCGCACUCAACAACAAGGUUGAUUUGUGAACGUCUGGGGACAUGUCCACCAGCUCCGUUCGCAACGAAAGAGGUUUCCAGAGGUAGAGUAAUGGUGACACGUUCCAUAGGUAGCACCGUGUAUUUUGACGCCAUGGCUUCAGGGAUGUAUAGCAAUGCGAAGGAAGGAAGGAAGGGAGCGAUUAGUGCUGUUCGAUUUUUGUGUUGUACACUACUCAAGCUUUACAAGUAAAAACUAAAGGCUAAGAAGAUUUUUAAUUUAUGUUUCGUACUAAAACAAACAAUAAAAAACACGAUCUAAGAAAGU